AGCCAUAAUAGGCCUUCUACCUGCUCACCACAUUUUGUUUUAUGAUAAUGACCUCUGGAAAUAAAUAAAAUGACAAAUACGAUAUGCUGGACUAUUUAUUGUGUACUCAUUAGUGACUAUAUGGUUGUCGUAAUAUACGAGCUAAUCCCUAAACUACUAACUUCUUAAUCCUUUUAGCCUCCCAACGCUGACGUCAUUAUGUUUUAUGAUUAUUACAGCAUUUUCAUAACCAAUAGACAUGAUUCAUGUUCUGGAAGCAAUAUUUCUACUUCAAUGAUGUCAGCUGACUGUGGUGAGUAGUAUUGCAUCAUUUGGUUUUUACUCCAAGUAUCAUAUUUGAUUUCCUUCCUGCUUUUUUUUGCAGCGUGACUGUGGGAUGUGCAAGCGUGAGGCCUUUUCUAGCUCAUUCCAUAAAUGAGAUCAAAUGAGGAUUAGGAUUAACGCCAUCGGCGGUCAUAUUAACGCACGAUGUAAACAGCAGAAGAAGAAAAAGGCAGCGUCAUGACUUGAGUGGGAGGAGUCUGGUGGAUGGGGGGGGCAGGGAGGGGGUCUUGCCCUUCCCCGCCCACACGUGCUUUAUAAUCCAGAUGCGCCCCUGCGUGCAGCCAUCGGCCCCAAAGCCAGCAGGCAGGACGACGUGGAGGAAGAAGAAGAAGAAAUAAGAGGAAGAAGAAGGCAGAAUGACGACGGCAGGCAACACCUUCGACGUGGUCGUGGUCGGCGGAGGGAUAUCAGGGUUGAGUGCAGCCAAGCUGUUAAGAGAGAUCGGACUCAACCCCGUGGUCUUGGAGGCUCGCGACAGAGUCGGUGGUCGAACCUUCACCGUAUCGAAUAAGGAGACCAAGUGGGUGGAUCUGGGCGGGGCUUACGUGGGCCCCACGCAGAACCGCAUCCUGCGAUUGGCCAAGCAGUACGGCGUGAAGACGUACAAAGUCAACGAGCAGGAGAGGCUGCUGCAUCAUGUCAACGGAAAGUCCUACCACUUCAAAGGGUCCUUCCCCCCCACAUGGAACCCCAUCGUCAUGUUGGACUUCAACAAUCUGUUCAGGACAAUAGACCAGAUGGGCAAGGAGAUCCCCAGAGAGGCCCCCUGGAAAGCCCCCCAUGCUGAGGAGUGGGACAAGAUGAGCAUGCUCCAGUUCUUUGAGAAAACCUGCUGGACCAAUGCCGCCCGCCGCUUCGGGACCUUGUUUGUCAACGUCAACGUGACCUCUGAACCCCAGGAGGUGUCGGCCCUCUGGUUCCUGUGGUACGUGAAGCAGUGUGGAGGAACCAUGAGGAUCUUCUCCACCACCAAUGGAGGACAGGAGAGGAAGUUUGUGGGGGGCUCCAACCAGAUCAGCGAGUGCAUGGCCAGAGAACUGGGGGAGCGUGUCAAGCUGCAGUCCCCGGUCUACAGGAUCGACCAGAGCGGGGACAUGGUGGUGGUGGAGACCACAGACAAACAAACCUACAAGGCUAAGUACGUGAUCGUGGCCACGCCUCCCGCGCUCAACUUGAAGAUGCACUUCAACCCCGAGCUGCCCCCCCUGAGGAACCAGCUGAUCAGCCGCGUCCCCAUGGGCUCGGUCAUCAAGUGCAUGGUGUACUACAAAGAAAACUUCUGGAGGAAAAAGGGUUUCUGUGGCACCAUGGUGAUCGAGGAGGAAGGGUCGCCCAUUGGACUGACGCUGGACGACACAAAGCCCGACGGGACCGUGCCGGCCAUCAUGGGAUUCAUCCUUGCCCGCAAAUGCAGGAAGCUGUGUGGCCUCACCAAAGAGGAGAGGUUCAAGAGGAUCUGCGAGAUCUACGCCAAAGUGCUGGGCACUGACGAGGCUCUGCAUGCGGUCCACUACGAGGAGAAGAACUGGUGUGAAGAGGAGUACUCGGGAGGAUGCUACACAGCCUACUUCCCCCCAGGGAUCCUCACGCAGUUUGGAAGGGUCCUGAGGGAGCCCGUGGGAAGGUUGCACUUUGCGGGGACCGAGACCGCCACCGAGUGGAGUGGCUACAUGGAGGGGGCGGUCCAGGCCGGAGAAAGGGCAGCAAGAGAGGUCUUGUGUGAAAUGGGUCAAAUCAGUCGCAGUCAGAUCUGGCAGACGGAACCCGAGUCCACGGAAGUGGUGGCGCUCCCCUUUGAGACCACCUUCUGGGACAGGAACUUGCCAUCAGUGGGCGGAGUCUUCAAGCUGAUGGGCGUCACCACCGUGCUGUGCGUGGUCGCCACGGCGGCCGGCGUGGUCGCCUACAAGAAGGGGCUCCUCCCGCGCUGUUAAGGGCCCCCCGCCCAGGAGCCCCUGUCCGGUCCCGUGUGGCUGGACACGCACGGCGAGGAACACGUAGCAACACGGAACUUUUGAAGUGGUUUUAAAAAAAAAAAAAAAACACACCAUCUUUACGACUCCGUGCACUGCCAGCCAUGUUUACUUUCAUGAUCACCUGGGAUUUUUUCUAGCUGCGCGUGUGUGUGUGUGUGUGUAUGUGUGUGUGUGUGUGCGUGUGCGUGUGUGUGAGUGUGCGUGUGCGUGUCAAAUUACCUCUGCUGAUUAUUUUAGGUGCUGAUUAAUAGUGCUGAUGCAGCAUUUGUGCCACGGCAAGACAAGUCACACAGGAAGUUGAACGACACGUCUGGUACUCUCUCCUUCUUUGUUUAAUUCUAUUUGUUAACCAGUCCUUAUCAAAGCCAUACAAAAACUAGAGGCAUUGUUUAACGUUUUUAAAAAUGUUUUGUAUAAUUUAUCAGUACGGAGCCCCUAAAGGGACAUGGGGGAAAUUAUUUUAUAUAUAUAUAUAUAUAUA